AUGGGUUGGUUCAGCAAACAAAAGGAGAUGGAUGACCAGACAAAGCCAGCUACUCGAUCCGCUAGGAAACAGUGCUGGGAAAGCAGAGACGAAUACUUUAAAUGCCUUGACAAAAUAAAUGUUGUUAAUGCGCUGGAUCCUAAAAAUGCCGACAUGAUUAAAAGCCACUGUAAAGCCGAGGAGACGAAGUUUGACCAGGACUGCGCUACAAGCUGGAUUAAGUACUUCAAGGAAAAGAGGGUUGUGGAUAUCAAGAAGGAGAAGAUGCUGCAGAACAUGGAAAAGGAGGGUGCGCAACUAGUCAACCUAGGCUUCGUGCCACCCUCAGCACCCAAGUAG